UGAGACAAUGCAUCAACUCUACAUUUUCCAACCAUAUGUUGAUAAAGGACUAAAAAGUAUUCUGUAUUUCUUCAGGAGUGACUUUUUCACUAUUCCCACCUCAUGCCCCGAGACUUUAUUUGGUGAUUCCGCAGUUGCAGUAAAUCCUCGGGUAUGGUAAGUACUGGGAACAACUGAACAAGUAUGCACUUUGAAUGCCAGUUUGCCAACUUUGAGUACAUCUAAGGGUUUUUACAUAUCUCUUAUCAGUUUUUUAGGAUGUUUAGUAUAUAGAUUGCUUAAUUUUCAGGAUGAGCGAUACUCCAAGUAUAUUGGGAUAGAGGCUAUUGUACCUAUGACCUUUGGGCGGCAUGUUCCUAUUAUAUGUGACAAUCAUGUUGACAAAGACUUUGGAACUGGAGUAUUAAAGAUAAGUCCUGGACAUGAUCACAGUGAUUACUUACUUUCUUGCAAAGUUGGUCUUCCUGUACUGAAUGUGAUGAAUAAGGAUGGGACCUUAAAUGAAGUUGCUGGCUUGUAUUGAAAGCCCAGUUUUCAGACCCCUGGUUUCUCUGUGCAUUUACAUACAAAAUACCACCUUUCUUCAUGCGCUUGCUCUUCUUGUCUGAUCAGAUUUUCUGGGUUUUGCUACUUGUGAUCUUCUCUAGAGAGGCUUAGUUAGGGUUCAAGAACUAUCUGUUGAAGUUGCAGGCAAAAUGGAAGGAGGGGUUUCCUCUUUGAAUAGGCGAGUUUGGCUUAACAAUGACGUCGUUGAUAUAGUAUUCUCAUGGUCUCUUGAAGAUAUUUUCAAUGACGACCUCUACAGAGACCAGGUAGAGAAGAUACCAGAAAGAUUCUGUUCGUGGGAGCAUUAUCUAGGUUGCUUUACAUUUCCUCUGCUGGAAGAAACUCGUGAGGUUGUGGCAUCUUCUAUGGAAGCAAUGGAUAAGGCACCAUUUGCAGAAGUCACCUCCUUUGAAAAGACAAAAGGACAUGGGGAUGGUGUUCAUUAUAAUGUCAAAGUUGACUUUUGGAAGAGAAGAGUUAGUGAUGAUGGGGAGCACUAUAGAACAUUACCCGGAGACUUAUUGGUAUUCUCCGAUAAUAAACCCGAAACUGUUUCUGAUUUGAAUCGUGCGGGGUGGAAUUGGUCAUUUGCUGUGGUUGUUAAUGUGACCGAUGAUGAGAACAGUGAUGGAAGUUCGUCCACGAAUUUUAGAGUGAAAAUGCCUAUUGAUUUUGAAUCCAAGAUUGGAGCCCAUGCUACAAUCUACAUUGUUUUCCUUGAAAACCUCACAACAAGUAAAAGGAUUGGGAGUGCUUUGGGAAUGGCUAAGAAUUUGGACAUUAUUGAUAGUGUUUUGUACACAAGCAAUGAGGUUGAGAAGAAAUGUGAUGUAUGCUCUCCACAUGAUGAAAUAGCAUCAUCAACAGAGAAAAUUGAUGAUAGCUUGUUGUCCAUGCUUAAUGAAUCCCAGGCUAAUGCAGUACUUACUUGUCUUGAAAGGGUGAAAUGCGACCAAUUCUCUCAUGUUGAUCUUAUAUGGGGCCCUCCCGGUACUGGGAAGACAAGUACUAUUAGCAUACUUCUGUUUAUGCUCUUUAAGAGAAAGUGUAGAACGCUUAUUUGUGCACCUACAAAUGUGGCAAUAACACAAGUUGCCUCUAGGGUGUUAAGGCUGCUUCAGGACUCUUAUAAAGAAGAAUCAUCAAAGGAGAGUCUACUAUAUCCAUUGGGUGACAUUGUCCUAUUUGGAAACAAGGAUAGGUUGAAGCUGGGUGAAUACAUUGAGGAUAUCUAUCUAGACUAUCGUGUUGAAAGGCUUGCUGAGUGCUUUGGCCCACUAACUGGCUGGAGACACUGCAUUCGUUCUGCAAUUUCUUUUCUUGAAGAUUGUGUUUCUGACCACGAAAUCUUCCUGGAGAAUGAAUUAAUAAAAAUGAGAGCGUUAACUGAGAAUGGUGAAUCUUUGAAGGAAUGCGUAGAACCUACAUCCUUUGCUGAUUUUUUAAAGUCACAGUUUGAGGGUGUAGUAUCACCUGUCAGAAGAUGCCUGUUUAUAAUGUGCACUCACAUACCAAGGCAUUUCCUUCAAGAACAUAAUUUCCAAGCUAUGGUUUCCCUGAUUUUCAUUCUAGAUUCUAUGAAAGAAACUUUAUAUCAGAAGCAUACGAGAUCUGAUGAAGAGCUGAAGGAAAUCUUUUCACAACCAGUAAAGUCAGAACUUGCAUCCGAGUCAUUUGUAGAUACAUCAUCGUUGGUCUGCUUAAGAAUACAAUGUGUCUCCAUUCUUAAAAUCCUUCUACGUUCUAUUGGAGAACUGGAUAUUCCUAGUUCCUUAUAUGGGGUUUCAAUUAAGGAAUUUUGUUUAAAGACGUCAUCCUUGGUUUUCUGUACCUCUUCGAGUUCUUUUCGGAUGCAUUCAAUUGAAAUGGAACCGUUCAGCUUACUGGUAAUUGAUGAAGCUGCUCAGAUGAGGGAAUGCGAAUCGAUUAUACCACUUCAACUUCCCGAUCUGCAGCAUGCAAUUCUUGUAGGUGAUGAAUGCCAAUUACCUGCAAUUGUUCAUAGCAAAGUGUCUAAUGCGGCUGGGUUUGGAAGAAGCAUGUUUGAAAGGCUAAGUUCAUUGGGUCAUCCAAAGCUUAUGCUCGAUGUGCAGUACCGAAUGCAUCCAGCUAUAAGCCGCUUCCCGAAUUCGAGCUUCUAUCAUAAUCAACUCCUAGAUGCUCCAAAUGUGCAGUGUAAAACCUACGAGAGGCAGUAUCUUCAGGGCAAAAUGUUUGGUCCAUAUUCUUUUAUAAACGUCCCUAGCGGAAAGGAAGAAGUGGAUGAUGUCGGGCACAGCAGAAGGAAUAUGGUUGAAGUUGCUUUAAUAAUGAAGAUAGUGCAGAACUUGUUCAAAUUUUGGCGUAACACGAAGACUAAACUAAGCAUUGGUGUUAUAUCACCCUAUGCUGCGCAAGUUAUUGCCAUAAGAGAUAAAAUUGGCAGAAGGUACGACAACCUUGAUGGAUUCGCAGUUAAGGUAAAGUCUGUUGAUGGUUUCCAAGGUGGAGAAGAGGACAUAAUAAUAUUAUCAACUGUGAGAUCUAAUCGUGCUGGCACUAUUGGUUUUAUGAGCAGUUUGCAAAGAACUAAUGUUGCAUUGACCAGGGCCCGGCACUGUUUAUGGAUAUUGGGAAAUGAAAGGACGUUGCUUGAUAGCAGUUCUGUUUGGGAAGCAUUAGUUCUAGAUGCAAAGAAACGGCAAUGCAUCUUCUCUGCUGCAGAUGAUUGUGAUCUUUCGAGAACUAUUUUGGAUGUCAAGAAAGAAUUGGAUCAACUUGAUGACCUCCUUAAUGCAGACAGCAUCUUAUUCAAAAAUCAAAGAUGGAAUGUCUUGCUGAGUGACAAUUUCAAAAGAUCAUAUAGAGGCUUGGGGUCAUCCCAUUUGAAAAAGUCAGUGCUUAAUCUUUUACUUAAGCUGGCCGGGGGAUGGAGACCGAAGAGAAAAGGGGUGGACUCGGUGUGUGAAAGUUCAUCACAGAUUGUGAAACAGUUUAAGGUUGAAGGGCUAUUUAUAGUCUGCACAAUUGACAUUCAGAAAGAGUUUAAAUACACCCAAAUUUUGAGGGCCUGGGAUUUAUUGCCUCUUGAUGAGGUUGGAAAGUUGUUGAGACGACUUGAUAGCAUAUUCGCUAUGUAUACAGAUGAUUUUAUCAAUUUGUGCACGCAGAAGUCCCUCGAAGGGGACUUGGAAGUUCCAAAAGUUUGGCCAGCUUCUCGAGAUCUGGUAAGGUUCAAGAGUCUUAGUGAGAGAUCGGUUGAUAACUCGAAUGACGGUGCGGUAGAGGGUAGAAGUUACAUUGAAAAUUCAAGAGUGAGUGAGAGCUUACUCUUGAUGAAAUUUUACUCCUUAUCGUCUGGUAUUGUCAACCAUUUGCUCUCUGACAACCUUGGCGAAGAAGUUGAUAUCCCUUUUGAAGUCACGGAUGAGGAAAAGGAGAUUAUUAAAUCAGGCAGGAGUAGUUUCAUACUGGGCCGAUCAGGCACUGGUAAAACUACAGUUUUGACCAUGAAGUUAUUUCAAAAGGAACAACAACACCAUCUAGCCUUGGGAGGCAUCAGGGAAGUGGAGACAAAUGAGAUCAACAAGCAUGCUGGUGAAAGUAGCUUUGCAAGUUCUGAGAUUGAAACUACUUCUCAAUCUGAAAUUGAGGCCAAGAGAAGCACCUUAAGGCAGCUUUUUGUUACUGUUAGUCCAAAGCUAUGCUAUGCCGUUAAACAACAAGUUUCUCAUUUGAAAUACUUUGCUCAAGGGAAAACAUUCUCUGAUGAGAACAGUCUUAUUGAUAUGAUGGAUGAUUUGGAUGGAUUUUCUCAUUUUAAAGAUAUUCCAGAUUCUUUUGUUGGCAUUCCAGAAAGCAAAUAUCCCCUGGUUGUCACAUUUCGCAAGUUCUUGAUGAUGCUUGAUGGAACACUGCAUACUUCAUAUUUUGACCGUUUCCACGACAAGAGGUUAACCACUGUAGGAACUUUCAUAAGAACAAAGGAGGUUAACUUUGACUGCUUUUGUUGCUUGUAUUGGCCUCAUUUCAACUCCCAGCUGAGAAAUAAUCACGAUGCUGCAAAGGUGUUUACCGAAAUCAUUUCACAUAUUAAGGGAGGACUGCGAGUAUGUGAGGCUCGUAAUGCUAAACUCAGCCGGGAGAAGUACAUUUCAAUGUCUGAGAAUAGGGCAUCGACUUUGAAUGAGAAGAAGAGACAGGAAAUUUAUGACAUCUUUCUUGAUUAUGAAAAAAUGAAGAUGGAGCGAGGGGAAUUUGAUUUGGCUGAUUUAGUGAAUGACAUCCAUCUUCGGUUGAAUGAGGAAACUCUAGAUGGUGACAAAAUGGAUUUUGUAUAUAUUGAUGAAGUUCAAGAUCUCACGAUGAGACAGAUUUCACUCUUCAAGUAUAUUUGCCACAAUGUUGAUGAAGGAUUUGUUUUUUCGGGUGAUACAGCCCAGACAAUUGCUAGGGGUAUAGAAUUUAGGUUUGAAGACGUGCGGACUUUGUUCUAUGAUGAGUUUGUGAUGAAAGGUGGCCGACAUGCUACACGUAAAGAUAAAGGCCAUCUUGCUGCAAUUUCAUGUUUACUUCAGAACUUUCGCACACAUGCUGGUGUUCUGAGGCUUGCACAGAGCGUGAUUGAUAUACUCUCACACUAUUUCCCUCUUUCUAUUGAUGCUCUGGAACCAGAGACAAGUCUCAUAUAUGGUGAAGCUCCAGUGCUGCUAAGACAAGGAAGCAACGAAAAUGCUAUUGUGACUAUCUUUGGUAACAGUGGGAGUGUUAGUGGGAAGAUGGUAGGAUUUGGUGCUGAACAAGUGAUAUUAGUCCGUGAUGAGUCUGCCAAAGAGGAAGUUUCUGCUCUUGUUGGAAAACAAGCGCUUAUUCUAACGAUAGUUGAAUGUAAAGGAUUGGAGUUUCAAGACGUGCUGCUGUACAACUUUUUUGGUACUUCACCACUGAGAAGCCAGUGGAGAGUAGUGUAUGAAUUUAUGAAACACCAUGAUUUACUCGACUCAAGAUUUUCGCAGAGCUUCCCUUGUUUUACUGAAGCAAGGCACACAAUUAUGUGUUCUGAACUGAAGCAGCUAUAUGUCGCUGUAACUCGGACACGACAACGAUUAUGGAUCUGUGAACGUGUUGAGGAGCUUUCAAAACCCAUGUUUGAUUACUGGAUGAAAUUGGGCCUUGUGGAAGUAAGGGAUGUUGAUGAAUCUCUUGCACAAGCUAUGCGCUUGGCAAGCACCCCCGAGCAAUUGAAAUCUCGCGGAUUGAAACUACUCUGGGAGAAAAAUUAUGAAAUGGCGAUCAUGUGUUUUGAACGAGCUGGAGAAAAGACACUUGAGAAGCAAGCUAAAGCAUCCAGUCUCCGGGAAACUGCUUACCGGAUGCAAGAUUCAAAUCCUAAAGCCUCUAACUCUAAUCUUAGGGAAGCUUCUGAAAUAUUUGAGUCGAUUGGAAGGUUCAAGUCUGCUGCUGAAUGUUUCUGUGACUUGAAGGAAUAUGAACGCGCAGGAACUAUGUACUUGAAGAAAUGUGGUGAACAUGAGCAGAAAAAGGCUGCCGAGUGUUUUACAUUGGCGGGAUGUUAUGAAACUGCAGCAGAAAUAUAUGCAAAGCAAAACUGUUUCUCGGAGUGUUUAUCAGUUUGCAGCGUUGGACACCUUUAUGAAUUGGGUUUUCAAUAUGUAGAACAAUGGAAACAAUAUGCUGUCCAUCAUAAUGAUUUGGGUGAAAGGGCGAAGGAAUUAGAUAGAAUCGAGCAAGAAUUUCUAGAAAGGUGUGCAUCUAAUUACUUAGAGUGCAAUGACAAGAGAUCAAUGAUGAAGUUCAUCAAAGCCUUCAAGUCAAUGGAUGACAAGCGGAGGUUCUUGAAGAAUCUGAAUUUUCUGGAUGAGUUAUUACUUUUAGAAGAAGAAGCUGGAAAUUGUGUUGAAGCUGCCGAACUUGCUAAACUGAAAGGGGAUAUCCUACUAGAGGCAGAACUUCUAAGCAAAGCUGGGAAUUUCAGCAAAGCAACCUCGCAUGUCCUGAAGUAUGUGUUAACCAAUUCUUUGUGGGUUCGUGGAUGCAAGCCAUGGCCUCUGAAGUCUUUUGAGUCCAAGGACGAACUACUGAUGAAGGCCAUCUCAUUUGCAAGGAAUGAAUCUGAUCCUUUCUAUGAAUCUGUUUGUACUGAGGCAAAGGUUUUGGAACACAAUCAAAGCAAUAUGUGUGAAUUGAGGCGUGCUCUAAGUGCUUCUGGGAACUGUGGGAGUGUUACUUGUGAAAUUUUAUGUCUCAGAAAAAUUAUAGAUGCACACACUGAGGUUCGAGCAGCAAGUUAUUCAUGGGAAGAUGAGUUUCCGGUUGACAUGAAUUUCCCCGAUGAUACAAUGUUCUGUAACAAGCUCUCCAUUGGAUCACUCUGUCACUUUUGGAAUUUAUGGAAGAAAAAUGCAUUUGACAUUCUUGAAUCCCUCCAUUGUCUAGAGGUAACCCAAGAUUUUGGUAAAUAUAAUGGCUUUGGUGAGUUCUGCCUGAGCUAUUUUGGUGUGAGGCGACAGUUCAGUGAUACGAAAGCCAACUAUGUCGUUUUAAAUCCUGAAGCUGAAUGGUUUAAAAAGGUGAAUAAGAGUUUCAUUAAGCAGGAUAACCAAAUGUUCUCAAUUGAUGAGAGGCAGUUCAUACUUGCUGCUCGGAAUUACUGGCAGAGUGAGGUAAUCUCUGUAGGUGUCAAGGUUCUGAAAAUGCUCAAAUCCAUUUAUGAUAGCAUUUCCAUGCAGUCAUUCUAUGUGUUUAGACAAGCCUUGUGCCUUAUUAAUAUAUAUCAGAUCUCAAAGAGUCUUCUUGAGUCCAAGGAGUUAAAUAGCAAGAAUUACGAGGGGAUGCUAUACGAGUUCUUUGAACUCUCGAUGGGGUACUUUGAUACUGUGUUUCCUAUUCAUUUCCGGGUGUCUACGGAAGAGAAAAUGUUUUCCAUGCGAGGAACUGAAGUUUCGAGAAGUUUACUUGAAGAGUACAUCAGCUGUGAUCAUAGUAGAAAAGGGGAACGUGUUGCUACACUUGGGGAAAUCGGGCGAUUUGUGAUGAUAUGGUUUGGUUCUGCCAAACCUGCAGAUGAACUGUGCAAUAAGGUCAUGUCAAGAAUAAGACGUGGUUCAGCAUGGCUGGCUUUCAUAGAUAGUCUAAGGAGCGAGAAGGAGCCAAGGGAGUUAAUUCACAGGUUCUGUCAAGCUUUGCUAGAAACAUAUCAAGCCUCUUGGCACAACAUGAAUGACUACAUCUCACCUCACUGCUUUCUAUAUCUCGUGGAGCGUUUCUUAAUUUUGGUUUUCUGCUCCAAUCCCACCUUUUUCACAACCAAGUCCUCUUUCGUGGAGUGGUUGAUGCUUCAGAAACCAGAUGCCAUUGUCACUUACAGCUUUCAACCUCCAGAGCCUUACAUGUUCUAUGAAUCCAUUCUCCCCAUGCUGCAUGAUCUGCUCUUCAAGAAUGUUGAGAGAGGUGAAUGGGUUGGGAAGUUUGGAGUUAAAUCUCGCGAAUAUCACAAAUCGCUGGUUUUGAGGCUGGCGAUUGUUCUCUGCACAAUUUGCAUGAACUAUGACGCUGCUGGACCUGUGAAUAUUCUCAACAAAGCACUUAAUACCUAUUAUGUUUCGUGUGACCUUCCACGAGAGUUCACUCAAGCUUUUAGAAGAGGGGGGAAAGUAUAUGUAGACCGUGGAAGAAUUGCUGCUGCUCUCUGUGCAAUAGGGAACCCUGUUUUUCAUGUGUGCGUGAAUCAAAAUACUCCAAGAUUUGUGUGUCCCAGCGCUACUCGCAUACAAAUCAGCGUGAAUUCUCAUAGAGAAGACAUCAUGGAGAUGGUGUUCCCAAGGAAAAGGGCUGCUUCAGCCGGGCAAGAAGAACAACAAGAAGAUGCUGGUAAGAAGAUGAAUCCAUGCUGUCUGCUUCCCCUGAGUGUGUAUCAUGGCAAGAAGAGUUCUGUAAUGGAAUCCUCCCCAGCCAUCAAAGCCCCCAUGCAAAAUCAGGCACCAAACGUCGAGGAGGAGGAGAAAAGCACAUUGCAAAUGAAAUGGUCUGUUUUGGACGAAGCUUCCGACUUCCUGAAAUUAAAGGAGGAUUUGGAUGAAUGUAUGGAAUUCACCACUGCUGUGCUUGAUUAUUUGACUGGGAAGGAGGUGGCAUCCUCUUGGGAAGAGACAAAUAUUUGUGAGGAAGUACAAGGCAUGCUUCAAGAACUCAAACAACUGUCAGACUAUUUGGAUACCAGUUGCGAAGAGGAGAAGUGCGAGAAGGUUGCAGAAGUGCAGGAGAAGUUGUCAUUGCGGAAGCCCCAACUGGAAGGUUUAUUGGGCAGUGUCACUGUGACAAAAGACAGCGGCACGAUUACUGUCGUGGAGGCUGAGAUUGAUCAUAAACUGCCUGGAAAUGAAAAUGCAAGCAAAGAAGAUGAUGAGGAGGAGGACGAGUGUUAUAAAGCGAUGGAGUCUGAGAAGGGGAAGAAGAAUCGGGGCAAGCAACCGCAGCAGCAGCAGCAGCAGCAAGGGAAGAAGAGCAAAAACAAGAACAAAAAACGAAAAGGAGGCCACAAAAAGAAGUGAUUUAAUUUGUUGAACAAUCAAUGAAUCCAUGUGUU